GAACACUUCUCUUUCUUCAUUUUAAAUCUGCAAGCAAGCAUUGUCUAACUCAUCAAUACACAUUUCAAACAUAACACACAAAUGACGAACUUCUCUCGGUCGUGGAAACAUGAUCAAGUGUUCAUCAGUUUCAGAGGCAAAACUCAAAGAAACAAUUUAGUGAGCAAUCUAAAAAAGGAAUUAAAGAGCAGCAAUAUCAACGUUUUCAUCGACGAGGAUGAGACGAGAGGGAGAAGGACCACAACACUCUUCGAAACAAUCAGAGAGUCAGGUGUUGCACUCAUCCUCUUGUCCAAAAAGUACUCAGACUCAUAUUGGUGCUUAGACGAGCUUGUAGAGAUCAAGAAGCAAAUGGAGACAGGUUAUCUUAUCGCUUUUCCAGUAUUCUACGAAGUGGAAGCUGAUAAAGUCAAGAGCCAGACUGGUUGCUUCGGCAACACUCUCCUUAAAACUGAGGAUUACGUUCGCAACAAAGUUGAUCGUGGAAGCGACAAGUCCAUACUUGAAACAGAGGCUAGGAUUUGGGGAUGGAGGCAAGCUUUAGUCUAUAUUGGUGGAUCAUUAGGCUUUUCUCAUAUAAAAGGCCCUGAGGGGCCUUUAAUUAGUAAUAUUGUGGCCAAACUUAAAGAAAUGUUAGAAGAGAUUUCUUAUCGAAGAGAUGAGCUUUUUAUCAUAGAAAAGUUUUUAAUGCAUCCCCAGAAGGCAGCAGUAACGUCUUUACUACAAGCUCUAAACAUUAACAAGACAGAUCUUGAAGAUCUUAUUACAAGGCCGUUCAGUCAGACCAGAGGUUCCGCGAGCACUGAUCAUCUGCUGUUUCUUGACCUGAUCUCUCUCAAGAAUCCUGGCCUCGGUCAGCGAUUAAGAGAGUGUGGUCAAGCUGGAAUGGUUUUCUUGGUGUUGCUAGGUUCUGUUGACAUCUACGAUGAGGAUUUUAAUUUCAAGCCUCUCUUGUUGUCCAAGAAACCUCGACUAUUUCCUGGUAACAAGCUUAUUGUCUCCUCUCAAGAAAUCCAAAAUCAAACCUACGAUUCACCAGUUCAAGUUAUUAGUUCUGCAGAUGUGUUAGCAAUGGCAGAGAGUAAUGACAAUACUCCAAACCGUCUUGGUGAAGACAAAAACUCCGAUUGUUCUUUGACCUGCUUUUCAUUCUUAUGCAACAUUAUGAAGCGUUGCGCAAUGAUGAUAAAUCCUCCUCCGCCUAGAGUGUUCAUCAGUUUCGGAGAGAAGCAGCUCGAAAAAACCCUUGUGAGUUCUCUCAAAACAGAAUUCGAAUCGUACGAAAUACCGGUGUAUGUAGAAAAUGAGACAAAGGAGAGGAUCAAAGAGUCAAAGGUUGCAAUAGUUGUCUUCUCAGCCAAUUACCCUGAGUCACCACAGUGUCUUGAUGAGCUCGUUGAGAUCAAGAAGCUUAUGGAUGCAGGAGAGAUUCAUCCAUUCCCCAUUUUCUACAAGCCGGAGGAUGUUCCUAGGCUAGCUAAUUCAGUUAAGGAACUCAAGGGUUGUUUCCUUAAUAGGCUUCUCAAGAUAGAGCAAGAAGUGCGCGAAACCGUCAAUAGGAACAAUGUGAACUCUAUUCUAGAUACCGAAGCUAGAAUCUGGGAAUGGAGACAAGCUAUCAAGUUCAUUUCUUCAAAACCAGGCUUGAGCAAUGAAAAUAGCUCUGAUCCUGUGUUCUUCACUGAUGUCGUGACCAAGGUCAAGGCACUGUUUGAAUUUAAGGACAGACCGAAAAAGGCUUCCUAUAAUUUUACUAAUAAAGUAAUUGAACGAAAGCCUAUAAUGCAUCAACAGAAGACAGCAACAUCAAUACCAACGGUCAAAUCCUUAGAUGAUGAUGACUUAUUCUACUCCCUACCUGCGUGCUUAGAAGCUCUAAACUUUGAUAUUACAGACUUUGAUGGCUUCACGGAGAUGGACAAUCGUCUCAUAUCUCUGAGCCUAAAAAGACACAUCAACUUAGUGUGUCUGCACUUGGGUUCUCUUGAAACUAUGGUCAAAUUUCAGUGUUCCAAGUCAUUUGAGUUCCUUAGAAAGAGUUUUGCUCCGAAUCAUCCCGCUAUCAGCAGAAUUGAAGAGCCUUCUAGGGUCCUUGCAAUAGAAUCAAACCAAACCCAACAAUGGUUUGAUAAUCGUCUCAUUGUCUCAUCUCAGAAUCAACAAAAUCACCAUUUCCAGAUUCAAAACCAUAAUGAUACCACUUCAGAAGCAAACAUGUUUUGAGAUGGGUUUAGUUAGAGACAGGACGCUUUAUUUGGUACUUGGAUGUCACGUUAAGCAUCUUUCUUGCUUUACUUAAAUAAUCAAGAUGUACGAUCCGACUCAAGUAAUUUUGUCCCAUAAAGCUUUGUCAUUAUUCAAUAAAGUACAUUCCAUCUAAUAACACGUUGACUUAUAACCCAAGAAAUGUAUUUAUAAAGAGAAAAAAAAAACACUUCAUCUUCACAUAAGCUUCUCCUGGAUCGGACUUUCAGGGAAGUUAGCAGCACAAUACUCCCCGGCUGCUCCUCCCGCAACAACUGACAAAACAGCGCCUAACAAUUAAAUUCACAAAUUUAUGGGCCCUCCUUUGUUUGUAGCCUAUUCUUCGACCAAACUUUGUUCAUAUAGCGAAAAGAGGAAAAAAUGGUCUAAUAGCAAACCAUCACUUUUUAGUGUGUGCCGCGUACCGAUGAUUAGGUGUUCGUAGCCCAU